AUUGCUUCAAACUUCAAACACACAUUUGCUCGUGCUAAAAGAAGGUAAUGCCGCUCGUGACAGGUGCAUAUACCGCUGAGUCUGAUUGAUGAAGGACUGACAACAUACAUAAACACCUUCCCAAACACAAGCACACACAUUCACGCACACACACGCACACACAUAAACACACAUACAGACACACACAUAUUCAUAUAACAGAUAGUAGAAAAAACGGGAAGCCCAACAAACAAUGGAUAAAUUUUGGUCCAACCUUCACCGGGCGUGUGAGCGUUGAUGGUGGGACACAGAAUGAAAACCAUGUACACCAUGAAGAUCAUUCACAAGGAACGGCGCUCCUCACGCAAAGAGCUAUAUAUCUGCAUUGUAUUUUCUGCAGCCGCGGAAAUGGCCUUGCGACUUGUUAGAACAAUAAACCCUAAAGAAAACCGCAAAAAAAGGAAACAUGUACUUGGAGAAAAUAAAUAAAAAGUAUAAAACAUUUAAAAAAAACUAUCAAAACAAGAAACUGUGAAUCGCUAUCAAACGCGUAAUAGUAAACAAAAAAAAACUAGAAUGUUUAUUCAUGAUACGAUUUAUCGAGCACUCCUGCGAGUCCAACAUUGCGUAAACUAAAAUUCGAUGUCUUGUCAAACUGAGAGAAUCGCAAAUGGUAGUAUGGUUUUGCUACGAUAAUCAAGAGCUAGACUGGAACAGGAAAAUAAAAAAAAAAGAGUCGUUGGAUUAAGAAGCGCUGGGACAUCAAGCACCAUGAGACAAGACAGAUUUAUCGUUCGAGAAUCAUAUUAUCGUCGGGUAUUUGAAGCAUAAGAUGAUUUAAACUAUAUACCAGAUCGACACGACUAUUUACCACAUUGUUACGUUACUACGUUGAUUAAUUGUUAGUUUUAAUCAUUGGUUUUGAUGCCGAGCAUAGCUUUUCCACUUCUUUUCGGCGAAUGACUGGCAAGUGAUCGGUGUAGAUCAGAUGUGUUGUGAGGUUUAGGAGCAUGAUGGUGAGUGGAUAGAAGAGGUUUGAAAUUUAGUAUCUAUCACCGAACACUUGCGUACAGGCAGACAUCAAUCACACGGCUUACACCAAUGUUCUGGGGGGAGGGUUUAGUACACGGUGUCUAUAAGAGGAUCAGCUGCUCAAACGAUAUCCGCACUUGAUUUGAAAGACAUGGCAUAAAGACAAAACAAUGUAGCAACAUUUUAACGCAUCGAACAACACUAAGGGUGAACGAAAAUAUGAUCAAACGCAAACUAUUUAUUAAAUCCAAUUGCAAAUUGUACCACCACAAAAACCAGUCUGUUUCCAAAUCGUUUUCUUAAGCAUUUGCGCGCGUGGCUAAGCGUAGCCUACAGCGUUUCUGUUCUGUGUACUUGAGAGCAACCGUUAGACUCGACAAGCAAAACCUACCGAUUCAAUUGUCUUACUCUUUUACAGGACGCGAAGAAACAGUAAGGUUAUUGACGUCGCACGUUGGUCGGUCUACCGUGGUAUUAACGCUUUCGACAAAUCUGCUAUUUGCAAAGCGACUAAAAGAUUCGAUAAAAUCGCAUUGUUCACAAUGAUUAAAAAAAUGUAGACCCGAAUUACAAGCUACAACAUAUUUAGCAUUCCUUUGGUUCUCUAGUUUGUAAUAUCAUCCACUGUUAUCUUUACUUAUCCUUGUGCUCUUUGAAUCGAGAUCGUUUGACAGUUUGAUACUUCCUUUUCUUUUACCGAGACUAUCGAAAGAAACCUUUAAUCCAUACCGACUGAAGCUCGCAGUCCUAGUUAUUAACGACAACUUUUAUCCUUCGGCACAUAAUUGGCGUUUUAGAGGUAGUGAAAUCGUGUACGAACAUACAAAGGAAACACACACACAAACACCCACACACGCAGACACACAGAUAGGCAUAAAUACACUAGCGCCAGAAAGAAGUUACAAGAUGCAAGAAAACAAGAACCGUCUAAUGGUUCUAAAACAAACAACUUCUACUAUACAUGAAUGUCGAUAAUAUAUCCGGAAAAAAAACCGAAAAACAAACAAACAAAAACUUGAUUAUAUAAGGUAAAGCGUUGAUCAGAUGUCAGUUUUCUGUAAACAGUUUAACCAACAAUGUCAAAAAUGGGAUAAUGAGCAAAGGGAGUACAUUGAAAAUGGUGUGAAAAUGUGAAAAAAUAUGAACACGAACUUGUGAAGUUAUUACAAACUAGAAUCUAGUUAAGCAGAUAAGAGCAACUGUAAUGCAAAACUGGGGGCACACGUUUUUUAGUUUCGAUUUUUAUCGCUCUAUUUCCACUACUCGUUGGAGCUGGCAUGAUUCGGUUGGUUUCGGAAAACGGAAGGUAAAUUAUGGUUUUAUCGGAAUUUUAAAAAAAAUAUCCUUGCUUUUUGCAACUGCUACAUGAAUAGCAGCAAAACAAUCACUGUUGCCAAUAUUUACUUCGCUCAGGCAAAUCAAUCAUGCAUACAAGCUGUUGUAAGCGUAAGAUGGAUGAAUAAGUAUCUUAUUGUAUCGGAUGAUUGUUUUGUUUGCAUUCGUGUGAAAAAAAAGCGCAUGCUUCCAAAUACGAAGACAAAUUCAUUUAACACGACAGGGCCGAUGCCAAGGAUGCCCAUCCCGUGUUGGGAUAUUUUGUUCCCAACUUCCGCUACAAUAAUUUGCGAUAGGAAAACAGCAGUUCGGUCUGAUAUUGGCCAACAUAGGUUUUUGUUUUAUUCUACGAUAUUGAAACUGGAAAACGAAUCAAUUAGAAAACGGAGUGGCAUGGUGAUGCUCUCUGAAUUGACGGUAAGCUAGCUAACCCCUUAGCAUUUGUGAGCAUAGGAGAAGUGCGUGGCAUCUGCUGGUCGAUUGAAGAGCUGAUGAUUUUCUCCAAUCGAGAGAAGAUGAACUUCAAUGAAAGAUAAAAAGAGCAGCAUGAAGCAUGUGUCAUUACAUAAAAUUUAAUUUAACUUACUAUUACUAUACAAUAGAUUUAAAAUUUAGUUUUUUCCGGAAAAAUACCAAUAAAAAUGAUAAACAGAAGAA